GCAUAUCGGGUCUGGUCGAUCGGAAGUUAAGUAUCGGUAGUUCGAGUAUCUAAAUCCGUGAGAUCUAACUUCACAACUACGGAAAUUUUUUGUUUUACCCAUGUUUCCCAGCUUGGGAUUACAUAAAAACUUCAUCUGAGAAAAAAAGAAGGAAGAUGUCAGAGGAAAGUGAGGUGAAACAAGAACAGGUCCCUCCCUCUGAUAGUUUAUCGGUAGCAUCGACCUCAAGCUCCACAUCAAGUGAGACAUCUUCAUUUACCACAGUAACAACAACUGCAUCCACAGCAGCUGCUCCAGGGAGUUCUGAACCCACUACGGUAACAUCAAGCACUGAUUCAACAACAUCAACGACAGUAACAUCGACACAAAAUCAACCCAGCCCUUCAGCUGGGCUUAUCAUCACAAGGAGUGCUACCAUAAAACCAGAUGUAACCCUGCUACCAGACUCUGAAGAAGGCAUGGAUACUACCAAAUCAGAAGCAUCCUCCAUUACUAAAACUACACCGAGCUCUGGGUCACUUACAAGGACCUCAUCCCGUGAACCUUCUGUGCCAACACCAACCAUGAAGACGAGAACCAGUGGGUUAGGAGGAGGUAAUGGUGCCUCAAACCCCAGUUCAUCUGCACCAAGCACUCCCACCAUGAAGACCAGACAUUCCAACAGGGUGACAACCCCAAAGUCUCUUGGUAACACAACCAGUUUGACCGUUGGUGGGAGGGCAAUGUCCACUCCAAGUACACCGGUCACCCUGCAGUCUCAAGAGGAUAGUCUGAUUAAACGCCGAAGCUCGUCGAGAUCAAUCAAGAGGAAGAAGUUUGAUGAUGAGCUCGUGGAGAGCAGUCUGGUGAAGUCAACCCGUGGUGGCAAGGUUCCCCCAUCACCUUUGACACCAGGGUCGAUGCCAUCCACAACCACUCAGCAUCAUUCACCAACACCAUCCAAACCAUCACCUGAACCACAGAGUACACCCAAGCCUCAACCAGCACCUCCAUCACCGCAGCCUGUAAAAGAAGAAGUAGUGAAGGUGGUGGAGGAAAAGAAGGAAAAAGCUCCACCAAAGGCAGUAGAAAUGAGUAAGCCAUCCCCUCCACCACCACCACCUCCCAAGAAAACAGAAGUCCAUGUCCCCAAGAAGCCCAAAAUAGAGACAGCUGUAACCCCUAAACCUAAACCUACACCCUCAGCACCAAGACAGUCGAAGACAGAGACAUUACGCCCAGCUCCAGAGAAAAGGAAGGGAAAAGCACUUCCUUCCAAAUCCAGUUCAUCAAAGUCCAGUCGCUCCAAGAAAACAAAGUCCAUAGUCCCUUUAGCUAGAGAGACCAGCCGUUGGACAGCUGAAGAUGAUUUAGCAUUGAUCACUGCUAUCCAUCAGACCAAUGAUCUUGAGCAGGUUUUUCAGGGUGUGAAGUUCUCUCAUCGAUUCUCCAUGAAAGAGCUAGAGGAGAGGUGGUAUGCGUUGCUCUAUGAUCCUAUAGCAUCCAAAGCUUCCCAAACAGCCAUGAGGUUACUAAAUCCAGACAUUAAGAUUGCUAUCAUGUCGCAAGCUCUCUACUCAGAAGAGGAAGAAAAGGUUGUCGGAACUAUUACUUCAACCUCCCUACCUACCGUGGACACAUUCCAGGAACUCAUCAACAAGAAUGGUACAAUCUUCAAUCCAAUGAGAAUGGCUAAAGGUCUACAGACACAUUGGAUGACAAUGAAACAGUAUCACUUGCUUCCAGACCAAACAGUUCAACCAAUGCCCAGAGGUGACCAUGUAUUAAACUUCUCUGAUGCUGAAGACAUGAUGGACGACUCGCAACUACAAGAUCCAAGGGAUGAAAUCUUGGAGCAUGAGCUUGCAGCCUUUGACAGGAGGCAGAAAAGACAAAUCAGACAUCUUGAAGAUGAGAUUCCCAAAUGGCAGGUCCUGGUUGAAAAUGUCACAGGAAUGCCAUCCCAGGAGUUUGAUAGUCAAACUUUAGCUGUUCUUAGAGGACGUCUGGUCAGGUACCUAAUGAGGUCUAAGGAGAUCACAAUUGGUAGAUCAAGCAAAGACAACACCAUAGACGUAGAUCUUUCUCUAGAGGGGCCAGCAUGGAAGGUCUCUCGGAAACAAGGAAUCAUCAAACUCAGAAACAACGGGGAAUUCUAUCUAGCUAACGAGGGCAAGAGGGCCGUUCACAUCGAUGGGAAACCGGUGCUCAAAGGACAGAAGUGGAAACUCACCAAUAACUCAGUAGUAGAGAUUGCUGGAUUAAGGUUCAUCUUUCUUGUCAACCAAGAUGUAAUCAGCACAUUAAGAACAGAACCAAUGGCCGUCAAAUGAUCGCCUAGCUCACGUUGCAGAGAUGGAGGAGAAUUGUAUCCUUAAGAUAUACCACACCUUGCUACAUGAAACUCAUAACAAUGCUAAUAUUCCCUGCAAUAACAGAAAGAAACAGGUGUCAUGUUUACCAAAUUUGCAUUGAUAGAUGUUUGUAUUGUAACCUACUGUGCUUUACUUUGGCUGUUUGGUGUAGAAAUUACGACCUUGUUAACUUUGCCAUUGUAGUAUUUUUAUUGGCUGCUAAGCCCUGUAACCAUGGGAAAGUUACCAUAGUUGUAAAUUCUUUAUGAAAAUGGGCCCCUGGGUGAAAUUAACAUUGGUUUCUUUGAAGACAUCAAUUGCCUUUGACAUCAUCAUAUUGUAUGUGGGGGUGACAUGGCCAAGUGGUUAUGACUCUCGUCAUGCUAUCAGAGGGACUUGAGUGAGGUUAUUGUUUACUUUUUAUUGAUAGUUUUUAAAGUUUAUUAAAAACACUCAAGAAUAAACUUGGGAAUACAUUUACAUCAAAUUUGGAGGGGGGGUCGUGUAUACAUUUUCUUAAUGGUAUUGCCUCAGAGUUUGAAUUAAACCUUAGUUAAGAAUGUGGCCUAUGAUGUUAGUAUAAACACCAUGAAACCACUUAUGAAGUAAUCUGGCUUGCCAUAUCACAUGCACAAAUAAUGUUUUACUUGAAUUAUUUUGCGAAUUUGAUCAUUGUUCUGAUCAGUGUUUGUCAUUUCAUCAUUUUUCUACCAACUUUGUCAAUAUUUAAAGAAUAUUUGAUCUUGUGAAUCACAAUUAUUCUAGCUGUGGAAAAUAAUCAGAAUAAAUGAAAGUCUUAUUUGAUUAUUAAAAAACAUAGAAUGAUCACUUUCAUUGCAGAAGGUGGUCAUUAAAUUCACAUUUGACUGUUCAGGUUAUGAUAUAAAAUAUGAGAUACUAAAUUGAGUUAAAACAGUUUUAUUCAUUCUGUACAAUUUUCUAUUCAAUUCUCUCUGUCUCUAUGCGAGUAUCUCUCUUUUCCCCCUGCCUUUGUGUCUCUUCAUUUCUAAGUCUCUCUCUUCCCCCUUCUCUCUCUAUCAUAUCGACUUUUUUCUCGUUUUUUUAAUUUCUCUUCCUCAUCUUAUGUCAUUUUGUCAAAUUUCUGGUGUUCAUAUUUAUAUCUUGUAUUUCUCACUCUGUCCUAUUUUCAUGCCAAUCACCCCCUGAGUGAUCCCAGCAAUCCCAUCUAGCCUUUCAAUGUUAACCAAAUGCUGCCUUUUGCUGUGGUAGAAUUGUUAUUUGUAAGAGAAUGCGACAAUUUUCAAU